AAACGGGUCGAUGUGACGUCCGACGGAAAAUCGAACACUACGAAAACAUUUACCAACCUCUCAAGGCAUUUCUUUAUCAUUUUAGGUAAGAAUGGUCGAGACUCAAGUUGCCAUAGAAACGGGAGGAGGAGGCGAGGUCAAGUGUGACACGCAUCCGGAUAACCGCACAAAAUGGUGGACGAUAGAUGCCGUCAGAAUCAAAAUGGCGGAGAAUUCUUUGUGGACAGUAUGCAAGGCCAUGACGGUAGGUGUAUUACUUAUAGUAAUAGGCGCCGGAAUGGCCACGGUCGGAUUUUAUUCCGAAUAUUUGUCCAGAGUGGAAGAACAAAGAGGAAACACCACCAUCUGGGUGAAGAACGAGAGCAGAGAUACUCAUUUGGGCAGUCUGACGUAUAUAGGCCCCGUAGUAAUGGGAACCGGCGGAUUUAUCAUCGUCGCAGCUUGUGUAAUGACUUUCGAGGCCCGAGAUACCGCCGCCAAAAUCGUUCCGGUUUGGCUACGUAAAGGAAGAAAUCUGGCUAUACCCGGCACUGCCACAUCUUCUAGAAGAUCGAGCCAAACGUCCUGGGAGAGAUUUCUUUCCAGGUCGAGGAGAAGAAAACGCGAAAGAACUGCCGUCACGCAAGCGCUCAUCGAUUUUAGUUUGCAAAUUCAAAACAGUGUCGAUUCGAGAAACAUUUCCACCGCCUCGGACAGAAACGCUCUAAGGAAGUGUCCUUCCGACCCAAUGAUUUUUAGACGCACGUGCAACGAACAGAUAGCAGACACUAAACCUUUGCAGCUAAGCAGCACUCCACAACCGUCCAGCACGCAAAGAGACUCUAACUGCUUAGCACCGACUCUUCAACGUCAAGCCAUAUCGGUCGAUUCUCCCCAAUGUCCCUCGACUACUCUGACCGUUCCUAACAACAUUCCGGGUAAAGAAUCGACCCAGUCUCUAGCAGUCGACGUCUACCUCCCUCAGGGGCCAGCAUUGACCCUCAAGGUGAAAGACGAAGGAAGAGAUACCAAAGCCACUACGGAUGAUCAAGCCACACUACUACUAGUACCUACAGUUGCCGAUCGAACCGGUUCGAUCAAACGACGCCCACUACUCAGGCAAAGUGCUUUGGAUACGUGUAACGAGGACGACAUCUCCGACGAAUCUUCCUGAUUCUAUUGUUUUUAAAUGUGCAUUCCGACACUCUAUUCUUCUCUCGCUCCCUUUGUAUAUAUAAUUCCUAUAAGAAGAACUAAAAUCUUUUAUCCUCUCCCGUUUCCACCGCGAUGCAAAUUGAUGAGAAACAGCAAUAAUAAUUGAUAAUAUUAGGAUUUUUUAAAAAAGAUUUUUAAUCUCUCUCUGUCUAUUAUUGCAAAUUUUUCUCUCUAAUCUCCAACGCUAAAAGCAAUUCCGUAAUUAAUUAGCAAAGAAGAAGAUAAGAGGCAAAUAUUUUAUUGCUAUUUCUCUUACACUUAAUACUUAGACGAUGAUAGAUAGACACUCACCUGCAGUAUUCUCGAUAUCUAUCGAAAUUAAAUAACAAAAAAAUAAAAACAAUAGAUUUAAAUUGCUGGUAAAGCGAACUUCUAUUUACGAACGAUGUAUUUAUAUACUUUUAUUAGCAAUUUUUAUAGGAAAAACGAUCUCUUAAGCUGUCUGUUUAUUUUUGCGAUUGCAAUUCAAGAGUGCAUCACAAAAAAUUCAUUCGUUGACGGGUAGAAUAAUUCUAUUUUUUAAUUAAAAAACAAAAAAAUCGGUAAAUUCAGUUUUAUAUUAUAAAUUUCCAAUAUUGGUAAUCGCUGGUCAUAAAAAUUACAAUUAUAUUUAAAUUAAAUUCUAUUCUA